CCCCAGCCUGGUAUUAUCUUCAGCUGACCUAAAAUACAGCUGAUCUCAAACAUCGGAUGCAAACUUGAGCCAUCCAAUUUGAAGACAUUCAACAAGCUAAAACAGCUUCAUCAUGGUGUUUAGAGUAGCAGUGAUCGGAGCGGGCCCCUCAGGUCUGACCAGCAUCAAGGCGUGUCUAGAUGAGGGCUUGGAGCCAACCUGCUUUGAAAGCAGUGAUGAUAUGGGUGGUCUGUGGAAGUUCAAGGCAAUCUCAGAGCCCAACAGGGCCAGUAUCUAUCAUUCCCUCACCAUCAAUUCCUCCAAAGAGAUGAUGUGCUACAGCGACUUCCCCAUCCCAGCUGAUUAUCCCAACUACAUGCACCACUCUAAAAUCCUGAAAUACUUCAGGAUGUAUGCAGAGCACUUCAAACUACUUGAACACAUUUGCUUCCAGACCUCAGUGAAGAAAGUCACACAGAGGCCAGAUUUCUCUCGCACUGGCCAGUGGGAGGUGGUCACGGAGAAUAAAGACGGACUAGAGGAGAGACACAUCUUUGAAGCAGUUAUCUGCUGCACGGGUCACUACACCUAUCCUAACCUGCCACUCAAAGACUUCCCAGGAAUUGAGACAUUUGAAGGAAACUACUUCCACAGUUGGGACUACAAAGGAACAGAGAACAUGUAUGGUAAGAGGGUGGUGGUCAUCGGCAUCGGUAACUCAGGAAGUGACAUCGCUGUAGAAAGCAGCAAAGUGGCAGAGCAGGUGUAUAUGAGCACUCGUCGUGGUGCCUGGGUCAUCCGCCAGGUUUCUGAUAAUGGCCUACCUGUGGACAUGAAGUACAACACAAGAUUUGUUCACAUCCUGUUUCAGCUGCUGCCAGUCAACAUCCUAAACUGGAUAAGCGAGAAAAAAAUCAACUCCAUGUAUGAUCACACCAUGUACGCUCUUAAACCCAAACACAGGUAGGUGCUGUUAGGAUUAGGUUCCUGGGGGAAAACUGAAAAAUCCUUUAAAGGCACAAUGUGUAAAACCGUUCGACUCUUUAGUUCCAUGCUGUUCAGCGAUGGUAUUGCAGUUACGGUAGCCCCAACACAUUCUCACACCCGAAGCGUGGAAAAAUGACGCUGGGUGACCAAGCGUUUGUUUCCGACGCGUUGGGAGUCCCAACGAGUCGGGCUUGAUGAGGUCCCAACAAAUUUGACGUGUCUUUCCAUUCCGUUUUUUUUUUCUUUUUUUUUUUUUUGUAAUUCAAACUAACCAAGUACAGCAACAGUGUAUACAUUCUCUUCUUCUUCAUAGUUGGUUUGGCAGACUUCAUGCUUCCAGGGCAUACUGCUGCUGUUUCCUUUGGUCUUGUCAAAGUGCAAAUGCUAUACGCUAUAUUAUAUUUUGUAUAAAAGCAGCUAAACAGCAGCACAAUGAUGCUUGACUAUGGAGUGUUGACCACAGUAAAUAAUGUAAAAUUUCAAGACAUGAGAAAAACUAAUAGUAGACAUUGGUGAGGAAUAUUAAUGAAAAAGGACAUGUUUGUGAAUGGGAUACACAUAAUAUGAAAGUAAACAAGUAAAAUAAUUACACAUUGUGUUUUUAAGACUAUCAUUAAAAUAUAUCAUCAUGUCUACUUUGAACAUCUUUUGUAUGUCCGUUCUGUGUAAUCCGUCAAAUUCCAUUGGUUCAUUUCUAAACACAUUGUAGGAAAGAUUUGAUUUACCUUUUAAGCUGACACGUUUUGGCUAACACUGUAGCCCUCCUCAGAGUGCCGCUGAUGUUGGUGGCGGCGCUUCCUUCUCUGUUUAUCUGCAGGCAGCAAACGCCAAAAUAAAAUUAUGGAAACAUUAUGUGGAUGACAUUAGAAAUCAUUUCAAAGGGACAAACAGAGACACUAACAGAACACCUGAACAAUACCAACGACACAACAACAUAAAGUUUACAUAUGAGGAAGAAACAGAAAGCAGCAUAACUUAUGAACAUGAAAAUAACCAGGCAGAGAGACGGGACCCUGAACAUGAAUACAUACAGGAAACCAUCACACACAGAGACCAAUAUUUAUUGUGGACAUCAGAACAUCCUACCGAACAUAAAAUGUCAGUGAUCAAAACAUUAUACCACCAAGCAUACAUAAUAACAGAAGAACGAGACUGCGGACAAGAGGACCAAAAGACAAACCAACACAAAGAAUCAAAAAUCCUGAAAGACAAGAACCAAACCCGGUAAUAACCCUUCCAUACAUCAAAGGCAUAACAGAAAAAAUAAAAACAAUGAAAAACACAACAUAACCACACCAACAAAACCAUACAUGACAGUCAGAAAAAGACUAGUACAUCCGAAAGACAAGAUAUCAGCAAGACAUAUGUGUGGAGUCAUUACCAAAAUACCAUGCUUACCUCUGGUAUAAAACAUACAUAGGAGAAACCGGACGCCAACUCAACACAUGAAAAAUAGAACAUAGAAAGGAGUGUGAGAAGGAACCAAAUCGAAGACACAAGAGCAGUGAAAGAAGAAGCAGAAAAUACAAUAAAGAAAUCAGCCAUAACAGACCACUGCACAAGGGAGAAUCAUAUAAUGGACUGGGACAGAACAUGGUUCAUAAACACAGAACAACAAAAAAACAAAAGAUGGAUUCAAGAAGCCAUAGAAACAAGGUGGGGUAGACCCAGGACCAUAAACAAAGAUGAUGGAGUUUAAACAUUGGAUCGCUGAUGGGACAUUGUCGUCGGCAAGGACGUUGCGGGCAGUAGAGGGUAACAUCUUCCUCUGCUGCCAGUGGAUAAACGAAGAAGGAAGAGAUGCCUCCAACAUUGGCGGUGCUCUGAAGAAGGCUACAGUGUUAGCCAAAACUUGUCAGUUUGAAAGGUAAAAAAUCUUUAAAGUGCUGUGUUCAGAAAAUAACCAAGCAAUGGGAUCAUGUCUGCUGUUUUG